UGAGAAAGCGAAACUGAUCUGAGGUCAGACUUAGACAACAGGUAACGCGAGUCUCAGUCUACCACCAAUGGACCAAACUGUGAUCAAAUACAGACAUUGCGGAAGAGACGUUUACUGUUUUUCGUGUUCAAAUGCUCAUUUUAAUAAACAAACUGAUGAUUUAAACAGACGCGAGUGUCCGAUCUGCCGUCACACUCUUACAUUUGGCCUAUUGGACGCACCUGUCGCGAUCACCUGCCCUUUCAUUAACGCACAUAAAGUCUCGUGUGCUUUUAUAAUAGGAUCAGUUCACGGCCCAUCACAUUUAGGAGAAUGGCUUGACACAGAAAUACAUGUGGGACUCACAAAUUCACAAGGUCUGGUUUAUAACUACACACUGUCAGGGGUCCAGAGAGAUGAUCAUGGUUGGGAACAGUGUGUCUGUGUACAGUUGGUCCCACCGUGGAGACAUGACCUGAGAGAUUCAUGGGACAGAGAACUGAACGAGUUUUCUCUACUCCCAGAAUGGGUUUCAGAACGAUUUCAUGAGGAGAGGGAAUUUGGAUCGUGUUGUUACGGUUUUGCUUUGACUUUCAUAAACCGCAUGCGCUCACUGGAUGGAAAAGUGGCUUUGAGUAGAGAUGAGUUCACAGGAUGUCAUGUUUUACCCAGAAUAAAGACAGUGUCCACAUACAUCAACAUCUACCAUACAAUAUUACAACAUGGAUUUUACAUAGCUGACAAAUUGGAUAACAUGUGACACAAUUGUUUUGAUGAAACAAGCAAAAUGUAAAGGUGGUGUAACCAAUAUAUUCCAGAGUGAAGGUGGUAUCACCAAUCAUUGUCUAUUUGACAGGUAAGUUUUAAUGCGCUCACUGUGUCAUGCUGAAUCUUUGUUUAUUUGAUAGUUUUAUUUAAAAUUAUAAUACUGAAAAUAGUUUAAAAGUGUUAAAAAAUUACAUUUAAGAACAAUAAUAAAAAACUAUUUUAGACAACCGUAAUUUGCAUUUAUUAAAAUUGUUAGCUAAAUUAUUAGCUUAUUAAAAUUAUUUAGCUUAAUUUUUAUUUCUUAGGGGAAUAUAGCAGUUGGACCCACCUGACCUUUAUAAUGAAUUUACAUAAAUAUACGUUUUAAAUGCAAUUUAACAUUGGUUGUACCACCUGACACAUAAAGUGUACCAGCCCACCCAUGUGAUGUGAUGAUGUGACAUCAUGUUCACCGUUUAUACUUGUUAACUUCUUA